AUGAUAUCUUGGAGUGUGUUUCGGACUGAGUUCCACAGAAAAUACUUUCCUAAUUCAGUGAGAAACGCUAAGGAGCUUGAGCUGCUGCAGUUAAAACAGGGUCAAUUGUCUGUUGUGGAGUACACAAAUAAAUUUGAGGAACUGUACCGGUUUUUUCGAAUUUGUCAGGGUGCUCUGGAAGACUUUGAGGAGUGGAAAUGUAUCAAAUAUGAAGGAGGACUCUGGAAUGAUAUUCUAAGCUCAGUUGGGCCUAUGGAGAUUCGAACUUUCUCUGAAUUGGUAAACAAGAGCCGUGUUGCUGAGGAUUGUGUGAGAAAGGCGGCUUUGGAUAAGGAUGACCAUCAGACGUUUGUUAGGAGAGAUUGGGACAGAAACUUUGCACCGAGGGGCCAAGAGUUUAAGAAAAGUGGUAGUCACUGGAGGAAUGAUAAAGGGAAGACUGUCCCCAUCGGAGAACUCAGGACGCCGAUCGGGCGUAGUCACCAGGCGGAGGGAUGUGAUGGAUCGAUUUUGAUUGAUUCCACAAAGGGUAACAAAGCAGAAAAGGGUUCACCAGCAAAUUUGAGUUUGAGAGGCUAUGAAAUCAUAGAUGACAUCAAAGAAGCGCUUGAAAGACAAUGCCCUGAAGUAGUUUCAUGUGCUGAUAUUCUUGCUUUAGCUGCUAGAGAUGCAAUUUUCUUUGCAGGGGGGCCAGUUUAUGACAUACCAAAGGAAAGAAAAGAUGGAACAAGGUCCAAAAUUGAGGAUACCAUUAAUCUGCCAUCUCCCAACUUCAAUGCUUCUGAUCUCAUCAAGAUGUUUGGCCAACAUGGCUUUUCAGCACAAGAGAUGGUGGCUCUCUCUGGGGCUCACACAAUAGGAGUAGCUAGGUGUUCUUCUUUCAAGAACAGGCUAACAAAAGUGGAUCCAAAUUUGAACUCAGAAUUUGCAAACACACUGUCCAGAACAUGCAGUGCCGGUGACAAUGCUGAGCAGCCCUUCGAUGAAACAAGGGAUGAUUUCGACAACUUGUACUUCGACGCUUUGGUCUCCGGCGAUGGUGUUCUCACAUCCGAUCAAACAUUGUUCACUAGUCCAAGAACUAGGAAUUUUGUCAACUCUUAUGCACAGAACCAAGCCUUGUUCUUCUUGGAUUUCCAACAAGCUAUGGUCAAAAUGAGCUUGCUUGAUAUCAAAGAAGGUUCCAAGGGUCAAGUUAGAGAUAACUGCCACAAAAUAAAUUGAAUUGGAGGAUCUAGCUAUGCCUUUUUUAAAACAAAUAUAUGAUCUAUGUAUUUAUAUAUCUAUGGUUUGAUAAAUAUUACAUUAGCAAUGAUGAACAUA